UUUUCUGUAAAAUUAGGUGCAAAUUUGGUUGAAUUUCUAUCCAAGAGUUAAUGCAAUUGUUUCUUGAUUGAUUAAUUGCAAUUUUAAACGUAGUACGAAGAAUUUAAAUGUAAAUUCCACCCCGAUGUUGAUAGAUUUUUAAUUGAAACAUUAGGCCCGUUGUGUCACGAGUGUUAGCGUGGGUAGGCAUUUUGAUUAAAUAAUUUAAUUAAAAUAGGCAACUUAAUCAACUAAAUUCAUAAUACAAUAAUUGAUACUUUUUAAGGCAAUUACAAUCUGAUUAAAAUCAGAUCCUCGAUCCGCUCCUUUAUUUCUUUUGAUUUGUCGCUACUCGAGGAUCUGAAUCAACUCGCUUAGAGGUCACGUCCCGGUGACCUUUCGUCCAAGAAUAUAUAAUUAGGAAGCAAAACCUUUUCCACCAAUCAAAAUUUAUGUUUGAAAAGCGACUUCGGAAAGAAUCACAAAAUAGCUGCUGAAGAAUUAGAAAUCGCGAUUGGAAAAGUUUUGCGGAAGUUUGGGAUCGAUAAACUGAAGAAGGAACAAAAACAAAUGCUUGAACUGUUGUUGGAGAGAAAGGAUUGUAUGGCUGUUUUGCCGACAGGCUACGGGAAGUCUCUUCCUUAUCAAAUGCUGGUGUCUGUGAAGCGUGAACUGGAGAUGGAAGACGACGCAAGCAAGGUUAUCGUUUGCUCACCAUUAGUUGCUCUGAUGCUGGACCAAUGUGAGAGACUGAAUGGUAUUCCUGGUAUAAGAGCCGUGCAAAAAGGAAGUAAUGCAGAUGAUGAAAAGGAUAUAGAAGAUGGGAAUUUUCAGUACCUAUUUUCCUCACCAGAAAUUUUGGUUGGAGACAAAGUUUUCAGAUCCAAAUUGCAGCAGUAUAAGGUGUCAACUAUAGUUGUUGAUGAAGUCCAUACAAUUUCAACAUGGGGUCAAAGUGAUGAGAAGAAAGAAGCCUUUCGAAAAUGGUUUGGGGAUAUUGGAGAAUUGAGAUCCUUAUUUCCACGUGCAUCUAUCCUAGCAUUGAGUGCCACUUGUACUAAAAAAAAUUCUCGUAGAGUAUACAAGGUUUUAGAUCUAGGUGUGGAUACCAUCGAGAUCAGAAUUUCACCUAACAAACCUAACAUUAAAGUAGCAGUUCACAAGAUUCCAAACAGCUUGGAAAUGUCAAUGUCCUGGAUUGUGGAUGCUUUAAAUGAAGAAAAACUGCCAAGAUGUAUUUUGUUUUGUAAAUCUAUCAAAGAUGCAUCAAAUAUGUAUACUUAUAUUGUUACCGAGAUUCCAAAUUGUACAGUGGUUGAAAUGUUUCAUUCAGAGACUCCAAAGGAAAAUAAAGAAAAAAUCAUUGAUGGUCUAAAAAAUCCAAACAGUGACUUGAAACUUCUUAUUGCUACAACUGCCUUAGGUAUGGGAAUUGAUUGUGUUAAUUUUAACAAUGUUAUUAUAUAUGGUAUGCCAACCUGUGUUGUAGAUUUGAUACAAGAGAUUGGUAGAAUUGGGCGUGAUAGUCAAAAAUCUGUUGCUCUAAUUUUGUACAACUCUUACUCUUUUCAUGUUGAUGAUGAAGUAAAAAACAUUUUAAAAACUACAGAAUGCAGACGAAAAGCAAUGAUGGAACCAUUUUUAAAAGAAAAAGAGCUGGGUGAAUUAGAAAUGGGGAGUGAGUUUUGUUGCGAUUUGUGUUAUACUAAAUCAGAUGAAAAGAGUUCCAUUUUUGGGGUAGAAAAGCUCUUCUUUUGUCCAGAUUUUGACACCGAGAGUGAUUUUUCAAAUAGUUCCAGUGAGUCUGACCUCAGUCAACAAGAUGUCUUGUCAGAUAACUCUGACUAACAACAUGCUUAUAAUAUAUUUAUUUUCUUAUUGAUGUUUUUUAAGGUGGCUCACUACACCCUGAAGUAGUUUCUCAAAUUAGUACGAAUUGAUUUAAUCAUAAAAGAUAUGAUGAUAUAUAAUAUGUAUGUACGCCAAAUGUCAGAAAAUAUGCAAAUUUGGAUAAAAACAUGAUUUUCAAAACAAUUUUUAAGACAUAUGAACAGAAAACACUGGCGGAUUUGAGAACUCGAUAUCUGCGUUUCUUCAGCCCAAUGCUUCAACCACUGAGCUACGAUGACAAACAAAUCAAAUGAUAUAAAUAGUUUUACAAAUAAUUUAAAUCGCCAUCUUGUGACGUAUUGUCAUAAAGAGUAUGAGCUUUAGUGUAGUGAGCUACUUAAACAUGAAAUGUUUGGAAUAGAUAUUAUAUUAUCUUAUUGAUGUGUUUACACAUGAAAUGUUUGGAGUCGAUAUUAAAUUAUGUCAAACA